AUGGCUCGAGAACGAGAGGAAUCUGCAGAGAAUAGCGAUGAAGUAUACGAUGAAAUAGAUCAGUUCCAUCGAAAGCGUAAUGAAGUGCUAGAUUUGGAUGAGGGCAAGCAAUCGAACAAGAUCGAAGAGGUGCUGAAUGUUGAGGGUGAUAUUUCAUCAGAUGAGGAUGAAGAGUUUGCUGAUGGUAAUAGCGAUGCUGAUAGGGAUUCUUUAUUCGACUCGUCGGAUAACGAGCAAAAUAAAGCUGACACCAGUAAAGGUGAAGUGUCUAAUGAUAAUAUUUUUAAUGAUAGAGCUGAUAGCACCAGUUUUAUUGGCAGUAAUGAUAUAGUAUUGAUAAUCCCAGAGCUGGCUUCCUUGGUGAUCUCCAAAGCCGGUUUUAAUCGGAUUGCAAAGAAAUACAUACAUGCGCAGGAAAUUCAAACCGUUCAAACCUAA